AUGCGUAUCACAUCGGCCACUAAGGCCAUCUUCAUCAUGGUCAACCACGUGAUGGCUAGCCACUUCCCCCGCGAGGUGUUUCCUGAGGCCCGUAUUUUCGGCCGGGGAGACUUCGAGACGGGUUUGGCCGCCCGCCAGGCGGGAUCGCUCCCAAACAUCUGGAAGUGCAACGAUUGCAUCGAUAAGUGCAACUCGCCCAGCCAGAUCGUUGACCCCAAGGACUGCAAGAAAUGCACCGAGUGCCCCAAGGGGCAGAAGCCCGACAAGGCCGGCACGAAGUGUAUCGAUGAUGACAAGCAGAAGAAGUUCGAGGAGCAGCGGAAGAAGAGAUACAGUGAGUACAAGACCAGCAAGGGGUACGACCGGUGGAAGAAGAUCAAGGAGCGUGAGUACGAGAACAAGGUCAACGAGGAGAAGCGCCGCAAGGUCCGCCGCAUGUCUCGUUGCCUUGCUAUUGUUCCUCUGGCCAUGGGUGCCGCGGAAGUCGAGCAAUUUGCCGACCUCUUCGACGAGGACUGGACGGAAAGCAUGGAGAUGCUCGAGUUCUGGCCGGGGGGCCUCGAGAUCGACGAAUGGAUCGACCAGAAGUCGGAUGAGAUCUUCGAGCAGGACGAAUACCUAGACAAGUGGGUUAACAUCGGAAACGGCGAGAAGCGCGACAUGAUGCCGGCAGCUGCGCAGUUCAAGCCCUCGUCUUCUCUGGCUGCGCCUGCAAUUACACCCGCUCCCUACAUCGACCAUGAGAAAGUUCCCAACAAGUUCGUCCGCGAUGCCGCCACUACAACCGCUCUCAUUGUUAGGGACAGCGAGCUCGACAAGCGUUGCCCGUUCUGCUUCCUAAUUCCUAUCUUCGCCGCUGUCGUUCGCACCGUCGCCCAGGUCGCGGUGAGGGUCGCUAAGGUUGCGAAGAACGCGGUCAAGAUCAGCAAGGGUAUGAACAAGAGAGACAGGCGCGACAAGCGGAAAGCUUCUGAGGAGAUCAGCAAGAACAAGAAUUGGAGGAACUGUCUGACCGGCGCGAACCCCGUCUAG